AGCGGUGAGCGUGCAGUCGGCUCUAGGCCCAGUCCAUUCUGUACCGCCGCUGAGACAGGAGACCAGCUGGAGGGACAACCAUGGCAGCUUCUUGGAAAACUCACACCAAAGACAGGAAGUUCAUCUUCUUCAAUGAAGCAAGCGAGCGUGUGGCAUCAGAUCCAUUCUUCUUCAUUCAAGGUGCUGAUUGCCAACUAGGAUUGAAAGACAUGUAUAUUGCUGAGAAAAAAGGAUUGCCACCUCCAACUGGUCAUUACUGGGAAGAUGAAAUAAAACUGGCUAAAAAAGCAGUGGAGUGCAUUAACAAUAUGCAGCCUCCUCCCAGUUUUGUGGUGAUUUGUGGUGACCUUAUCAACGCAUUUCCAGAUGCAGAUAAAGAAAUGCGUGCACAGCAAGAAAAAGACUUCAAGGAGAUAAUGUCAAAACUGAAUCCUUCCAUUCCCUUAGUUUGUGUGUGUGGGAACCAUGAUGUUGGUAAUCAGCCAACACCAGAGAGUGUUGCUGUGUACCGCUCUUCCUUUGGAGACGAUUACUUCUCAUUCUGGCAAGGAGGAGUCCUUUUCUUAGUGCUGAAUUCUCAGUAUUAUUUUGAUUCAACAAAAAUACAUCAGAUACAAGCUGAACAGGAGGCUUGGCUGGAUACCAUGCUUGAGGAAGGAAAGAAAAAGGAAGCAAGGAUUGUGGCAUUUCAACAUAUUCCAAUGUUCAUCAAAGAUGUUGAUGAGCCUGAUCAAUAUUUCAACAUACCAAAAAAUAUAAGGAAGCCUCUAUUGGCAAAAUUAGAAUCAGCAGGUGUCACUCACAUUUUUUGUGGUCAUCUGCACUAUAAUGCGUAUGGAUUAUAUAAAUCUAUGGAAAUUGUUACUACAUCUGCAAUUGGCUAUCAGCUGGGGAAGGACACACAUGGUAUGCGUGUGGUCAAAGUUAAGGGAGGCAGUCUGGAGCACUCUUAUCAUUCACUGGAAAAUUUUCCCAAGGAGAUAACACUGUAAAGAGGUGCAUUGACUAAGCUCUAACUCUUAAUAUAUUUGAUGAUUUAUUUUCAUCAUAAGAAUA